UGAGUCCGUGCAAAACAAAUUGUUUUGAUUGCGUUAAUUUGUGUCUAUCUAUGGGCUCAUUUUCAGACUUAAUUGCCUAAUCCGAAGUUAAUUCCUGAUUGCAGCAAGAACGAUUUGUAUUUCUACGCGUAGUAAGAUGAAGGAACGAGCAAUCUAAUCAUCAAGAUAUCGGUGCGGUGUUUGAUAUUAUUGGCACAAGGAUUAGACCUGUUUAAAGGACAUUCAUUUAUGAAACUGUGAAGUUAAGAUGUACUUAUUUUUGUUGAUUGCUGAUUCAGCUGAAUAGUUAAAAGUGGAUCAGGUCUUUACUGCAAGACUUGACAAACAUGUCAGCUAUUUCGUCGAUUAUUGCAUUCAUUAAGAGACUUCCACGACUACCAGUCGUUCAACGUUGGACGUAUUCUUUAGAAGUCACGAAGUCAUUCUCUGGACAUAUCAGUAGCAGAAGCGGAAGAAAAGCGAACGAUAUUUGGAGUCAAAGAAUACCAACUGUUCUCUCCUAUCGUGAACUCGCUAAUCGUGGUAAUAUAGCUUUAUUGCAGUCUUAUUCGUGCAUCAGACCUCAUGCUCACUCGAACUUAUUGAAAAGGAAUACUCGUAAUAGGCAUAAAGAACCGUGGAUGAUGUCUGAUGAGGAAGUUAUGGAUAUAAUAACGGAAAAUGAAUGUUCAGGUAAACUCCAGCACGGAAUUGUAAGUAAAUUUGAAUCGAACUUGCUGCCAUCUAAUAAUCCAACGGAGGAUCGAAGGUUUGUGACCAAAUUAAAGCAGGACAGAGGUGCCUUUCUGUUUGGUGUUCUGGAUGGCCACGGCGGAAGCAGCUGUGCUCAUAAUGUUUCCCAACGUCUCUCAGACUAUAUAGGGCUGUCACUGCUUCCAAAUGAAAUUCUUUUGGGACCAAAUUUGAAGAAUUUUCUUUGCUCCGAGCACUUCAUUCAGCCAAACUCCCCAAAUAAUUACAAUUAUAGGGAGGAUCCUGUUUGCUACAAAAGCCUUAAAGCUUACUAUUUGGAGUUGUGUACGAUACAGAAGAGACAUGAUGUCAGUGGAACCAUGGCUCCUACUUUUUUGCACCUUCAGGAGACUCAUGGUCACAAGACAGCCAUUGUAGAUGCAAAAGAGGAGCAAGUCUCUCAGACAAUGGGGGCUCUCUCUAAAGCUUUUCUGAGACUAGAUGAAGAUUUGAGUUGUGAAGCAGUAAUUGAAGGGGACAACAAAGAAGCACAUGAACACAGAUUAAAAGCAGCUACAUCAGGAGCUUGUGCUUUGGUGGUAUAUGUAAAGGGAACUGAACUAACUGUGGCCAACUGUGGAGACUGUCGUGCGGUACUUGGUGUGAAGAGUGAGGACGGGCAGUGGUCGGCAUUACAACUGUCUACCGAUCAUACUUCUCGCAACCCAAGGGAAGUUCAACGAGUACUGAAUGAACACCCAGCAGAUGAAGCUUCCACUGUUCUCAGGUAUGAAAGACUUUUAGGCCGCCUUGCUCCAUUAAGAGCUUUUGGCGAUGUGAUGUUCAAAUGGAGCAAAACAAAACAAGAGGAAGUGUUUAAUCCAAAAGGAGAUAAAUCAUUUGCUGAUAUGGCAGAAUUUCUUACUCCACCCUACCUUGCUGCUGAACCAGAAGUGAUGUCAUACCAGCUACAACGUACAGACAAAUUUCUUAUUCUUGCCACUGAUGGCUUGUGGGAUAUGCUUAGUAAUGAAGAAGCUGUGGAAUUUGUAAGAGAUCAUUUAGAUAAACAGAACUCAGAUCCUGAAACCCCAGAUCAGGAGCCAAGUUCGAAUUUGAAAAAUUCAGCCUCUUGUUUGAUCAAGGAAGCCCUUGGCGGCGAAGAUCACCUUUCUGUCAGUAUGAGCUUAAGUCUACCAUACCCUGAUGUGCGCAGUUACCGAGAUGACAUCACAGUUACUGUGGUGCAUUUUGAUUGGAGCAAUGUUGUGACAGAGUAGGCUUAUGCUGAGGGACUGGGAACUGGGCUUCCAUAAGGUUUAGUAAUUGAAGACGUAAUAGGUGCCAGAUUGUACAAUUUGAGGCAAUAUACCUGUAAGUGCUUUUCAAAAAGUUGUGCAAAUAUCUUGAAUUUCACAUUGAUGACCUAAUGCCCUUUAAUGUUGAAGAUUUGAUAAUUACUGACAGUAAUCCUCCAUUCUAGCUGCUAUUCACUUCACUGUAAAAUAGUGAAAUCAAUUGUUUUCUCAUUACCUGUUUGCGGGAGUUUUCUUUAAAGAUGUUUGAAGAAGGUGCAUCUUAAUCACAAAUUGGAGUGGAAAGGUUUAAUAGGGAGGAGCUUAAAGAUUCACAGGCAAGCCAAAAUGGGUAGUGGAUUGAAAUAUAUAGUGUGUGGAGAUUGUUUUUUUUUUUUUUUAAUGUAGUAUUGAUCUUGGAAAUAGAGGGCAGUUCUUGUCAUGCAAAUAUCUAAAGCUAUCUCAAACUUAGUGACGCAGAUUAUUUAAGUAUUCCUGACAGGUCGAAUGUUCAUUUUGAGUAUAAUGAAAUACGGAUGCACUUCAAAAAAUUGAGAAAAUCUUAAUGAUAAACUGUAACCAGCGUGAGCAGUUUUUGGCUCAAGGCAGUUAAAGAUGUAAAAUUACUUAAUACAGUUAGGGAAUGUGAUUUUUUUUAUGUAACUCAUCUAGGCAGGCAAACAAAUUCUUUCUGGCUUACAGAUAGAAUCUACACAGAAGAAUUUUAAGUAAUACAUCUAACUGUAACUUUUAUAUUAAAGGAAGUAAAGAACAAAAUCAUAAAGGCAAAGGAGACACGAAAUAUUCUAGACUUGUUUAUUUUGACAUAGAAAAUGUAAGAAUUGUGGAUUCAUGUGCGUACAAGUGCUUCAAACUUGACCUAACAGUGAGUCUGUGUCAAAGUUUCAAUUACAUCAAUAAUUUUAAACAUCUAUCAAUACAAAAGACUUCCCUUUGUGGCAAAAUUGUUUAAAAUCAAUUGUCGAACAAAUGGUCUUAAUUUAAUUACUUAGUGUGAGUAUGACUCAAUGAUACAAUUAGAUCCGUUAAUUUACGAAUGCUUCUCAAUACAAAAGGAUUCCUUACGUCACAAAAGCGUCUUAGAGGUCAACAUCAACUGCCUUAGAUGACUAGAUCAAUUAAUUGAAACGAUGGAUUAAUUUAUGUAUAAGAUUAGCCUAGUCAAUGUAACCUUAAAGCUAUCACAGCUUUUAAACUUGACUCUCCGGAGACUGCUUAGCUUCUGAUUUCGCUGAAAUAUGUAAGUGAUUAUUAUUUUCACUGUCGAGAAAGAAUGGUGGCGUUUCAUCGGUACAAAUUGCUGAAUAAAGGAAACUUCCGCAUAGUGUCCUACCAUCUAACACACAGUCGAGCCUAUUUUUACACGUGAUUAAAAUUGCGCCAACUUA